UCUAAGAGUAUCAAAACAGAUAAGAGUAUGGCAGAUCACAUGAGAGUAUGGUAGAUCACUUUUUCCCUCAAUUAUUAUUAGGAAAAGAAAAAAACUUUACAGUAAAAGAGUCGAAAGAUAUAAAUAAGCCCACAGUCAAGCCUAAAUAACCAAAACUAGUCUAAAAUUCUCUUGCGUGCAACCAGUUCUUGCUUCCCAACACCGUCCCUACUACCGCUCUUUUCCUCGUAAUCUGAUUACUCGUCGCCAUAUGUCUCUCUCGUCGGAAUCAUCCGUUCCUACUGUUAGAACCGUCACCGUAUCCUACUCCGAGCUCAAGGACAGCAGCAUAGAUUUGUCUGCAAAGAUUGAACAAGGAUUCGGACCCAAUGGACUUGGAAUUCUUACGGUUAAAGAUGUUCCAGGGUAUUCUGUUUUACGUCAGAGUCUACUUCGUCUUGCACCUAAGUUAGCUGGUCUUUCUGAAGAGGUGAAGAGGGAGCUUGAAGAUUCACAUAGUAGGUACAAUUUUGGUUGGAGUCAUGGCAAGGAGAAGCUUGAAUCUGGCAAGCUUGACAUGUUGAAGGGUUCUUAUUAUGCUAAUCCUUUACAAGAUGUACCCACAAGUGAUUCCUCUGAAAUGCAACGGUAUCCAUGGUAUUGUGGAUCAAACAUAUGGCCAAGAAAUUCUUUGCCUGAACUCGAAGGAGCUUUCAAAGCUCUUGGUAAACUGAUGUUCGAAGUUGGGCUGAUGGUAGCUUACCACUGUGAUCUAUAUGUGUCAAAGGGUACAAAACAACAUGAAAUGCAAAAUCUUGAAAAUAUACUACUUGGCUCUCGGUGUCACAAAGGACGUCUGCUUUACUAUUUUCCGGCACAGGAUACCAGCACUACGCAGAACAGCGAUUCCAUCUCAUCUUGGUGUGGAUGGCAUACAGACCAUGGUUCACUCACAGGUCUUACUCGUGCAAUAUUUUCAAGAAAUUCAGUGGAAGUACCUUGCCCUGAUCCUGCUUCUGGCUUAUACAUAAGAACACGGUCGGGUCAAGUCGUUAAGGUUGUGUAUGGGGAAGAUGAAAUAGCAUACCAAAUAGGCGAGACAACAGCGAUUCUGUCAAGGGGUUAUCUUUGUGCUACACCUCAUUGUGUACGGGCACCACACGGAGAGGAGGCUCGUGGUCUAGAGCGAUCGACAUUUGCACUGUUCAUGCAACCUGACUGGGAUCAAAAGCUUACAUUCCCAAAGGAAGUGACAAUCCAUGAACAUGUACCUCUUUCUAAUGGCGUCUUGACGUUUGGAGAGUAUACAGAGAAGCUGCUCAACAUAUACUACGAUACAAAACCAUAGGGGAUGGGAACCUUUUAAGUCGCUAUGUAUAUGAUCGUUUCCAUUGGUGUGAGAUACAAAACAUAAACAAAUCUCACCAAAUUAGUAUUUAGGUCGUUGGAAGUGAAACUUGAUAUUUGAUAUUUGGGUUCAGGUUGGCCAUAUAGAAAUUUACAGAAACUACACAAUAAUUGGUUUGCGUUAUGUUAUGUCGGAAAGCUAGGUAGGUGCUUUUCUUUAAAAGACACUUCAUGGCUCAGAACAGAUUCUGAAUGAGUGGAUCAAGGCCGGAACAAGUGGAGAUUUUCUAAAAUAUAUGUUGAAUGACAAAAAGAAUGAUGCAAGUGGUACAAAACAAAUACCUAAUGAAAGUUUCCAAAAAUGAUUCACAACAACACUUCUUGACAAUAUUUUGAAGAGUAAUAUGGUUAUGUUGUAAUUAACUACUAUUAAAGUUAAUCAGUAACUCAUAGAUGAGAUAUAUA